GUCCUGAUCAUCUUUUCUAGGUUCCUGAUCUUCCCAAACCUUUUUCAUCCCCAUCAUAUAGAAGAGCAGUAUGAGGCCUGAGAACCAGAGCAGCAUAUCUGAGUUCUUCCUCCUGGGGAUCCCCAUACCAGUGGAACAGCAGGGCUUCUUCUUUGCCCUGUUCCUGAGCAUGUACCUGACCACGGUGCUGGGAAACCUGCUCAUCAUCCUGCUCAUAAGUCUGGACUCUUGCCUCCACACCCCCAUGUACUUCUUCCUCAGCCACUUGGCCUUCUCUGACAUUUCCCUUUCAUCUAUCACAGUUCCAAAGAUGCUCAUGAACAUGCAGACUCAGGACCAAUCCAUCCCCUAUGUGGGGUGCAUUUCUCAGUUGUAUUUUUUCAUAGUUUUUGGUUGUCUUGACAAUUUCCUUCUAGCAGUGAUGGCAUAUGACAGGUAUGUGGCCAUCUGUCAGCCACUCUACUACACAAUUUUUAUGAGGCAGGAGCUCUGUGUUUCAUUAGUAGCUGGGUCCUGGCUCCUCUGUUGCGCACAUGCCCUUUUGCACACCCUCCUCUUGGUCCAACUGUCCUUCUGUGCUGACAAUACCAUCCCCAACUUCUUCUGUGACCUCACUGCUCUCCUGAAGUUAAGCUGCUCAGACAUCUCUCUCAAUGAGCUGGUCAUCUUCACUGAGGGAGUAAUGCUUUUGAUUCUGCCUUUGAGUAGUGUCUUGAGUUCAUAUAUCUGUAUUUGGACCACCAUCCUAAGAAUCCCGUCCACCAAGAGACUCUUUAAAGCCUUUUCUACUUGUGGUUCCCAUCUCCUUGUGGUGUCUUUAUACUAUGGGACACUUGCAGGUGUUUACUUUUUCUCCUCAUCAUGGGGCUUGAGUGACAGAGUCAUAAUUGCUUCCGUCAUGUAUACGGCGGUUACCCCCAUGCUGAACCCCUUCAUCUAUAGCCUGAAGAAUAGAGAUAUAAAACAGGCCCUAGAAAUAUUUGUCAAUAGGGCUAACUUCUUUAAGUGA